CCUAUAGGGAUAGAAAUACAAACAUUCUGGCCUGUCCUCACAAGGCUUAGAUGUCAAAGUAGUUCAUUCUAACUGGGCUCCAGUUUGGUCCAGAGUCCUGCUUCAGGUGAGCCAUGUGUCCUGGAGGGGGAGAGGCCGGGGAAAGGGUGACGGCCAGGAGAGAAACCUCACAAUGUCCCCACAAGGAUAUCAAGACAAAAGUGUGUGUGUGAGUCAGGUGGUCUCUGGAGCAACUGGAGAAUGGGAUCACAGGAGUGGAGGUGAUGUCACCAGGUUUGGAGGAGAUCUUCAACUGUGUCCACGAUGGCAAAGUUCCACCACUGUGGGGGAAGACGUACCCGUCACUGAAGCCUCUGGCCGCGUGGACCUCAGACCUGCGCCAGCGGGUGGAGCAGCUGGCCCGCUGGGCCCAGACCAGCAGGCCGCCCGCGCUCCUCUGGUUGUCCGGCUUCACCUCCCCGAAGGCGCUGCUGACCGCCGUGCUGCAGUCGUACGCUCGACAACACCAGCAGAAGCCCGUGGACUUGCUCUCCUGGGAGUUCACCGUGUCCACCGUGGACGACAGCCACCUGCUCCACCCGCCGCAGCAGGACGGCGUGCUGGUGCGCGGGCUCUUCCUGCAGGGGGCAGCGUGGGACAGGAAGAACUCCUGUCUGGUGGAGGCCCAGCCCAUGCAGAUGUUCUGCCCGAUGCCCAGCGUCCACUUCAAACCCUCGGACAACCGCAAGAAGACCCCCAGGAGCGUCUACGUGUGUCCCUGCUUCUCCUCCCCGCAGCGGUCGGGGUCGGCGGCCGCAGACUUGUUUGUGGCAGCCGUGGAUCUGAAAUCUGGAGCCUUGACCCCGGACCACUGGGUCAAGAGAGGAACGGCGCUGGUGCUGAGUCUGGACCACUGAAGUCUGAAGCUCUGACUCCCUGAACGUGAGUCACAGUGACUGAGCUUGGGUAAAACAGUCCAGGCGUGUUUGUGAGGACCAAGUCAUGUGACCAGUGAGGAGGUCAGUUUGCUGCCGUCCCUGGUCCAGUCCUCACGCACCUUGUUCCGUGUGCACAUAAGCUCAUGUGAGGUGAGCUCCUCCGUGAAGGACUUUAUCUGGUUCAGAACACAAGAGCUUUCCGACGAUGACUCACUUCUGACUGGAACAACGCUGCACAACACUCGCCGCUGCUGUUUGUUGCUGCAGACAAUGUGUUGCCACAGGUUUAGCAUGAGUCCACUGACCACCCCCCGCAACUGUCAGAGAGAGAGAGA